CCGUCGCUGUUCACGUGCCGGCGUCGCAGCGUGUUUAUUCCUCUCGGAUAUCGCGCUGUCAAUUAUUUCGAAAAAUAUUGUUACAGAACGAGAGUCGAGACGCGGUAUAAUCUGUAUGAAUAAAAUAUACAUCCGACAUUAUCGAGUGUGAGAGAUUGACUUCUCUGUAAAGCGUGAUAAGAGAAACGGUCAAAACGUUGAUGAAACCAUUUCUGUAAACACGAGACGACUAUUUUCGUUAAUUUAUUCCGAUAGAACGGGGACUAAACUUGUUGUGUAUUGUAAAUCCUUCCUGGAGCUUGAAGAGAAAUGUAAGCUGCGCGAGGAAGGAAGAACUGCUCCUGCAACCGCAUCUGAUCGAUUGGCUCUCGGCUGCUCAAGUAUAUACCCUCAGCCAAUUUGUCCUCCGGACGAAAGAAAUUCGCUUGCGGAGAUGAGGAGACAAUCGUAUUCGUCCAGCAUGAGCAUCGGGAGUUCGAGCGGCGCCGGCGAGCCUCUGAUCGUCGUCGAGGAGAGCCUCCUGGGGGAAGAGGAGGCUGAACGGCGAAGAACCGAAUCUCCGCCCCGCUGUGUGGACCCGGAUUCUCCCUCUCUCAACCCUUAUCUUCUCUCGCCCUGGCGAGAGACGCGGAAACAUUCCCUUCCCACGCCCCAGUGCACUUCGGGUAUCACCGCGUCGCAGGUCCGGCGGCUCAGCGAACGCGGAGAAGGUUCCGGACCGACGCCCCGGGAAGCGGCCUUCCUGGCGACGCUGUCUCAGGCCCCGACACCACAGCCGGGGGGCCGUCGACACUCGGUCGUGACGAUAUCGAGGGUGCCGCCGACUCUUUUCGGCCGGAACCGGCGCGAGUCCAUCGCGGCAUUUCCCAUGGGAGCCCCGAGGAUCCUUCCGAGCAGACGGGACUCGUCUUCGAGCAUCGGUCUGCCACCCAGCAACAGCGGAAGCACGCACAAUCUCCAGUUGGACAUCAUGGACGACAUCGCGGAGAUAAAGGCGAAGAAAGUGCGCAUGAAGAUGUGGAAAACGCCGUCCCACGAACGAGUCUGCGAGGUUCAGCCACUGGAAGGAAACGUCGCGGCACAAAGAUACACGCAGCAGCAGCAACAGCGGAGAUAUUCGGACUUCUCGAUCGCUGGAGCGCUGCCCCCGGCGACGGGUUCGAUCCGUCGUCGAGCCUCGGAGAUGCCGAAGCUGCCGUCUGGGGCGGCGGGGGUGGCGGGAGCCUCGACGCCGGUGUCGGGGGUGUCGGGGGCGGCGGGAAUCGUCUGCUCCAACACGGACCUGAUCUCGAUUCUGAGCUCGCUGACGUCCUCGGCGACGGAGAUAAACCGCUGCGGCCUGGACCAGGAUGCUGGCUCGAAGCCGGACCCGGGCGCGAAGAGCGCUGAUCAUCAGCAGCGGCGGGGACGGCUGGUCGACUUCCGGUCGAACAGCUUCGACGUCUCGAUCCUCCACGGGACCGGAAACAAGCCUCAGGGUGCGACGUCGCCCCGGAACCCGUCGGCGCCGUCGAGCUGGUUCGUAAAGCGGCACCAGCCGAUGUCGAAGAAGCAAAAGGGCGAGGAGGCCGCACCGACCGCCGUAACCUUCCGCGACGAACGAUCGACCGUCGUAAAGAUCUUCGACCCCCUCGCGAAACCGGCGAAACUAUCGCCGACGCCGGAAGUCGCCGCGAAUCCAACCCCCGAAUCUACCAGGCACAAGGUCGUCUGGGACGACAAGAGCGGAACCAAGGUCGACGCCCAGGUACUCGGGAGCGCGAUAGAGGACUUCCUCACCGCUCAACGGGGGCCCGAUCCGAGCCCCGAAACACCGACUUCCGGCCCCUCGAAAUCGGCCGGGGUUUCGCCCAGCAAACCGAGGUCCAGUCCCAGCAAGGUCGCCACUUGGUUCUCAGGCGCCAAUUCCAAGGAGGAGGAACAGACCGAGAACUGCGAACCUUCCCUCUGCUCUACCCUCAAGGACCUCUUCGUUAAGUAGAUCGCUCGUUGAUCCACCUCGUACCUGGCGAUUAAUAAUUUCUUAUCGCUCGGGUUUUUAUGUCCUAGUUUGAAGCAAGGUGCAGUUUGAAAGAGGACUUACGUGUACUCGGGAGAGAGAAUUUAUUUGCCGAUCGAAUGAUCUCGCAUCGUUUUACGAUCUGAUCGCAACUCAUCGACGGCUGUUGAUCCUUUGGGACUUUUUUUUUAUUCCGUUACCUUGCGGACUGUGCGCUAUACCGGUAGCUUAAACAUUGGUGGAAAACAAAUUCGAACUACGAACUACGUGGAAUUUAGUCGAUGCGAUGGUUAAAGUCACGUCGAGUCUUUCGGCUUUUGAAGAAAUUGACGGUUUCGAUGAGAUGUAAAAUUCGACGGGAAUUAACGAACGUAAUAUUUGAGGAAUCAUCUGCGUAAACCUGCUUGUUAAAAGAAAAACGCAGUCAACGGAUAUGUAAUUAUAAUUUGAAAAAAUUUAUUUUAAUUGAUUGAAAUUAUUUUUAUUCGCCAGGUUUAAGAAUAAUGCCGCGGUGGAAGAGCCGGUUUUUGAUUUGAUUCGCGCGCCUGUUCGUCGUGAGAUAAUUUAAGGAAGUAGGAAAAAUUGUUCUGGAUAAUUUAAAAUGAGGUAGCAUCUGAAGUAAAGCGAUUAAGGUCAACAGGUCGUUAAUAAAAUAAUUGCAUUUAACGAGAGCUACUCUUCUCUGAGGAAAAUGUAACAGCUCUGCCUUUACGACGUUAUUUUUGCUCCAGCACUGAAUGGGAAAAGAAAUUCGAAGAAUAAAGGAAACAAAAAAUUAACUAGAAUAUGAUGCGUAAGUAUAAUUUAAUACCUACGGAUAAUGAUAAUCAAUAUUUUUGGUCCUGUGCUACUCGAAGAGUAAGUGAAAAAUAUAGGUAAAUGAAUUAAAAAUGGAAAACAAUCAAUCAUGAUGUGAAUUUCAAAACGUCAUCUAUUUAAACAGAAUUCGCACAGGAUGCAAUGCAGUAAGAAAAAAUAUAAUUUUCGUCGUAUAAAUCGGAUAUCUAUAAAUCGUAUAAAUUCGAUGUUUAUACAAAUAAUCAGUAACAAUAUAUUAACGCACGGAAUAACGUGCAUAAAUAAAUAACUAUAUGGUGAAAGGUACAAGCGUAUAUGUAAUUUCCUUUGCUGGUCAAAGGAUGUAGUGAAUAUAUACAUACACGUACCGUUAUACGUGUAUGUAUAUUCUAUAUACCUACCGCACGAUAGGUAGGAUUGUAAAUAUGAGGAUGAUAUUAUGGAUGUGUAACAGUUCUUGAAUGUUUCAACCAACUUCGUAUAAUGUUAUACCUCACCCAAUAUUGUAUAUCAUAACGUAAACUCAUGUGACUUAAAUAACCGGUAAUUUUACAUGGCAGAUACAUGUAUAGGUAUUAAUACGAUGCACUGGAAGCAGGCCAAUUGUAAGUGUGCGCGGAUUCCGAGACGAUAAGAUAGUAGAAAAUACACGAUAUCGAACAGAGAGAACGAGGAUAAAUCAAAUUUCAUUUCACUCGCCGUGUCCGACACUGAAUCGUAUCGGAUGAAAUCGAUAAAAUAUCGUCCAAUGAAAUAAAAACCUUUGAUCGAUUUCCCAUUCACUGGCAAUUCCACACACGAUAAUGCGAAAAUAUUUCUAGCGCGUGAUUUAAUUGAAAUUUGGUGCAUCGCAUAUUUACACGUAGACACGUUUAGUACCGGAAGUAAAGCAAGGACCAUUCCUAACAGUAGAUUAUACAUGAUAAAUUUAUAGAUACAACAUAUAUAGACAAUCGUAUUACGAGGAUUUAAAACGUGUCAUUUUAUGUACCCAUACUAUAAAUGUACAUUACAAAUUGUGGGUGAGUAUUGUACGAUCAAUCAUUAGUACCUAUUUAAAUAUAUAGAUACGCGUAUUACUAUCGGUAUAUCGACUAUUCAUGUGUCUUAACUUCUUGUUUUGGAAUACGUGUAUAAUAUUUGAAAUUGGCUAACACAUCUUUGUGUAUGUUCAUAUUUAGCGAUAAUUUGUAUAGAUUUAUAUACACAUAAAUAUGAGAUAAAUAUGAUAUAUCAUUGAAUUAACGCAAUUAAUAUUAUAUACAUAUAUAUAUUUAUAUAUUUAUAUAGCACCAAGUGACCAAACUGAUAGGAGUUACAGAUGCGGUCGAGCUGAGUAAAUUAACCUGAAGAACGUGUUACCUCCGAAGUCGCAUUCGCCAGAUACGACCGGCUAAAAAAAAAUCCUACCA